AUGACUGCUCUCCGGAACCCAAAGGGAACAGCCAUUGCAUCGAGAAGGGGGAUGGAGAAAAUCAUCUAUGACUUCUACUCUGAUCUCUUCGACAGCCAUGUCCACUUGCCUCCUCACCAUCUGAGGGAAGAUGGACAAGUCAUUCCAGAGGUUCUCCCGUCCGAAAUACGACAUGCUAUCAUGUCGAAACUCAUCGAGGUAUCACGAGAGUACAAGAUGCCACCCUGUCUCACCUUCAUUGACUUGAAGAAGGCCUUCGACUCAGUUGAGACGGAAGCGGUCGUGGAAGCCUUGGACAACCAAGGCGUCCCUACUCAGUAUAUAAAGAACAUCAUCAUUGACGUGAAGAGGGGGGUCCGACAGGGUGAUACAAUUUCACCCAAAAUAUUCACAGCCACCCUCGAGAACGCAAUGCGAAAGUUGGAAUGGGACGACAUGGGAGUGAAGGUUGAUGGCCGGCAGCUACACCAUUUGCGCUUUGCUGAUGACAUCGUACUGGUAACACCUAGCAUCAGCCAAGCGGAACGAAUGCUGACCGAAUUCGACGAAACAUGUGGAUGCAUCGGUCGACGAAACAUGUGGAUGCAGCUGAAUCUACAAAAGACGAUGUUCAUGCGGAACGGAUGGGUCUCGGAUGCCCCAUUCACGCUCAACGGAACGAACAUAUCCGAGUGCACCAGCUACGUUUAUCUGGGUCGGGAACUGAACAUGAUGAACGACUUGACUUCCGAGCUGGGCAGGAGGAGACGAGCGGCUUGGGGAGCGUACAAGAGCAUCGAGGAUGUAGUGAAGAAGACCAGGAACACCCGACUCCGUGCUCACCUCUUCAACACCACCAUACUUCCUGCUUCGGAAACCUGGGCAUUUCGCAAGAGGAAGAAAACGCGUCUUGUUGAUGAUUUUCUGGAUGAUCUCGACAUCAUCGAGAGGGCUCUGAGGCCGCCACAAACGUCUAGGGCUUCUCGCCGAAAGGAAGACUCUGCUGGAUGCUUGGAUAAGGUUGUGGAUGAUGAGUCAAAAUUAGCAAUUUCUUUGAAUGUCGCAAAUUUCAAGCCGGAAGAGCUAAAGGUGGACUUGGAUGGAAGAAUCCUUAAAAUCGAAGGAAAGCAGGAAGUGAAGGAGGAGAACGGAUACUCACUGAGAACCUUCGUUCGCCAAUGGGCUCUACCUGAUAACGUGGAUGUGGAGCAAAUCAAACCUUCCAUGACCGAAGACGGCCACCUUCGCAUCGAAGCUCCUAAACUCGCUAAACCAUCCAUCACCAGCAGAAGCAUCCCGAUAGAGAAGAAUGCACCUGAGAAGUGA